AUGCGUCAUCCAAAUUUAUUAUUUCUUUUGGCUACAUCAACCACAUUAGUAAAUACAAAAAAUGUAUUGAGACGUUUUUAUACUCAAUCUACAUUUCAUUCAACGAAAAGGUUUCAUACAUUAUCUCAUAUACCUCCUUUUUAUCAUGUAUUCUUUCCUUGGAAAAUUUUAAAUAAUAUUAACCGUUUAGCUAAAGAAUUGAUUCAAAUUUGGAUUGAACGUGGUAAACCUAAUAAUAUUGGGUUUCAUGUAUUCAGUGAUAAUGGAAUUUAUCAUUAUGCUUUAUUAUGUGAAGCUAUUAGACAACUUUCUAGAGGUUCACAUUUCAUGUCUCCUAAUCCUUCUACUAUUUCCAAUUCUUCCUCCAUCUCGGAUAACAUUAGUGAAGAAGCAGAAUCAUUUCUAAAUUCUAUAAAAUCAUGUGUAAUAGAUUCAGCUCCAUCCCCUAUUUCAGAAAAAUAUGUUGCGUUAGGUAUUGUAGUGAAAAAACAUCAAAAUUUAGUUCAUAAUGCUUUAGAUAAUAUUCCUGGUGGAACGUUUGAUGGUAGAAAUUUUAAAUUUUUAUUUUUAUAUGGACCUGGUGAUGAGAUUAUUCCUGAAGAUGAAGUCAUAAAGUUUAUGAAGAAAUUAAAGAAUAGAGAUAAAAUUUAUUCCAAUAAUAAUAAUAAACAAUUUUCUAAUAGUGGUGAAUAUUCAAAUAAUGGAUUUUUUAAUAAUAAAAAAAAUUAUAUUCAUAAGAAUGGUAAGAGUGAAAUGAAUGAGAAGAAUGGAGAAAAAAAUAAAGGAAUUUUGAAAAUUAUGGAAAAAAGAUUUAAAGUUGAUA